GGCUGGGGCGCUGGGCGCCAGGAGCAGGGAGCGCUCGGAUGGACGUGGAGCGGGCGUUCGCCAGCUGAGCUGGAGCCACCCCACCGAGCGAGCAGGUCUAGAAGUCUGUCCAGUUUUCCCGUCCUGGCCAACUAGAACACAGGCAAUUCGUGCUCUGAGAAGCCUUUCUGUGGGGCACCUGUGACAGAGGCCGCCAUGCCGCGCAGCCCCACGUCCAGCGAGGACGAGAUGGCUCAGAGUUUCUCCGACUAUUCCAUGGGGUCGGAGUCAGACAGCUCCAAAGAAGAGACCAUCUACGAUACGAUCCGGGCCACUGCCGAGAAGCCGGGCGGCCUCAGGAUGGAGGAGAGCCAGGGCAACACUCUGGUGAUCCGCGUGGUCAUCCAGGACCUGCAGCAGACGAAAUGCAUCCGAUUCAACCCAGAUGCCACGGUGUGGGUCGCAAAGCAGCGGGUUCUAUGCACGCUGAACCAGAGCCUGAAAGACGUCCUCAACUACGGGCUGUUCCAGCCGGCCAGCAACGGGCGGGACGGCAAGUUCCUGGACGAGGAGCGGCUGCUGCGCGAGUACCCGCAGCCCCUGGGCCAGGGGGUCCCCUCCCUGGAGUUUCGAUACAAGAAGCGGGUAUAUAAACAAUCCCAUCUUGAUGAGAAACAAUUGGCCAAGCUCCACACAAAGACCAAUCUGAAAAAAUGCAUGGAUCAUAUCCACCAUCGUUCAGUGGAGAAAAUCGUCAAGAUGCUGGACCGAGGCCUGGAUCCCAAUUUCCAUGACCUGGAGACAGGAGAGACCCCCCUGACCUUAGCUGCUCAGCUGGAUGACUCCGUGGAGCUUAUUAAGGCUCUCAGAAACGGUGGGGCUCACCUGGACUUCCGUGCCAAAGACGGGAUGACCGCUCUGCACAAAGCUGCCCGAACAAGGAACCAAGUCGCCCUGAAGACCUUGUUAGAGCUUGGAGCAUCCCCGGAUUACAAAGACAGUUACGGUCUCACGCCCCUGUAUCACACUGCCAUCGUUGGGGGGGACCCCUACUGCUGCGAGCUCCUCCUGCAUGAGCACGCCACUGUGUGCUGCAAGGACGAGAACGGCUGGCACGAGAUCCACCAGGCCUGCAGGUACGGACACGUGCAGCAUCUGGAGCACCUGCUGUUCUACGGGGCGGACAUGGGCGCCCAGAAUGCAUCGGGGAACACGGCCCUGCACAUCUGUGCCCUCUACAACCAGGUCAGUGGGAGCCCCCAGUCUAUACACCCCUUGCCCCCCUACCUGGGGGCGCAGGGCAUAGUGCCAGGGCCCUCUCAG